AUGUCAGACAAUAAUAAUUCUUGCACCCAAAAUUGUAAAACUCAAAAGAACAAGUGUCAACCGUGCCUGGGUCCAGUUCCAGUCCAGAAGCUCCAGGAUGGGAAGCCUCUGAUGGCUGAAGACCGGAACCACGACUCCUGCAUAAAAUUGAUAAUUUGCACAGACAAUCUAACUUUUAAACAUAAAAUUGACAGAAACAGCAAAAUGACUAAAAACGUUGCAAAAAUCGACGUAAAAUCUUGUGUGAAAGCCGAACCGCCUCACCCGUGUGACCCGAUCGUACCCUGUGAUCCUUUGAAACAAGAAGAGGGAGAAUGCCCUACGCCCUCUCUGUGCGUGGAGAAGUUGAAAAAUCCUGCACAUGCUGGUGAAAUAACAAAAUGUCUACCAGGGAAAUUCAUCAACGUUACUUCCUGCGCCAAAGAGGAUCCACCACAUCCGUGCGACGCGCUCGCCUGCAAUACGGACCUUACAAAGAGGCGCCCCUGUUCGGACCCCCCAUUGUGUGUGCAGCGAAUCAAGAACCCCGUUACAGAAAAAGAAAAAGUUGAUUCAUGCGAUACCCCUGAAUAA